AGAUGCUAUAUAAUGGCAGUUUAAUCAGCUUGAUCCCGAGAUAGAAGGGGAAGAAGGACAGCGCGUUCCACCAUGUUGUACAUCACUGCCAUCGUCUGGGCUGCGGCAGUUUUCAGUGUAGAGAAGACUGCGGGAUAUUCAACUAUUUACAGAUGUACCUCACAGAAUCCAUCGGGGAGACAAGAGUGCGGCCAUUCAGGUAUCACCCAAGACCAGUGCACCGCCAAUGGUUGUUGCUUUGAUACAUCUGCCUAUGGCAGCUUUUCCUGCUUUAAACCUUACGCGGUCAGCCAAAUAGGCGGGUCGGUGGCAGUGCAGCCCAUUCCAGUGCAGCCCAUUCCAGUGCAGAACAUUGCAGUGCGGCCGGUUCCGGUGCAGCCUAUUAGUGUAGUUCAAGUGCAGCCCAAAGAGAAAUCGGCCUGUGACAUAUGCAAAGCGGAGCAAAUGGGACAAGGAGAACCUGGGAUAUUUGGAAAAGCCUUCAACUUCAUCUUUGGGAAAGGCGAAUCCACAGCCUGUGCUCAAUGCCGAGCAGGACAAGGGAUUCCUAAGAAAGAGACCUCGCUCUUUGGUGGGCUUUUCAAAAAAAGGGUCAUCCAGAAGUAACUGUCACCUGAUUUCAUCAAAGAAAACAAUAAAGUGACCUGCAAGAAACACGUCCUUGUUAUUGGAGCAGCCGACACCAAUAAUCAUGCAAUAAAAUCAUUUUAACUGAGCUAAUACUA